AUGCUUCCAUACUAUCAGGCGUCUGUAAUAGCCUCUGCUGAGGAAGCCCUACUCACUGCCUUCUCGUGGUGGCGUUUUGGCUUCGAAUCAUGGCAAACCUCGGCUCGAUUGCUAGUGUUGAUCGAAGACAAAAACGCUUGCACGGAUGAUCAAAAGUUGUUCAAUUCGGAGCUUGAUUUGGUUGCAAAAUUCAUUGCAGACGGUGGUCGUGUUGUAGUUCUUCUGGAUCCACCGUCAAAAUCCCCAUCGGAAAAUCGAAUUGGCCUGGAAACUUCGCUGUUCAACUUAGUUACAACUGAGUCCGAAAUUGCCCCACUCGAUACAAGUCAUUGUGACGCUCCGUGGCAAUGGUCAGUUCAAUCUCCCGUCAAACCCUUCGAGCAAGAGUCAUCGAGGGAGAUUGUCCCUGCUCGUGCGCUCAUCGGAUCUGUUCCGAACGGAUCUGGUCCAUCAGUUCGUUUUGUUGCCAUUCUGGCCGACUGUGUGGAUGGAAACUGGCAUUUACUGUUAGAAGCACUCCGUCUUUUGGGUAUUUCUUGUCACAACCCAGAUGACACCGGAGUCCAGAAUUCAUCCACUGAUCAUGUCGUGCUGCAUUAUCUGAUUGGACUAGAAGGGCGUGAGGCAGAUUCUAAUGGAAAGAUCUCGCCCAACGUGAUUCAGUCGAAGUUGGCCUUGGAAGACGUAAAAAGCGGAACCCAAUAUGAUUUGCGAACAGUGCACCUAUCCGAUCCAUCGAUUCCCACGGAAUUUCCCUGGACUGUAUAUACAUCCGCCUUGCGAACGCGGGUAUUGGGACACACAUUACUCUGGGCCGAAUCUUUGCCGUCCAGUUAUUGUCUAGGUGAAAGACUUUUAGCGAAAUUACCUGCGGACUCCGGAUUGAUGAUUGUGUCCAAUAGGCAAACUGAAGGCAAAGGCCGUGGUUCCAACCGGUGGAUCAGUCUAGUCGGUCAGGCUGCGUUUACGUUUCAUAUGACAUUGCGUAAACCGAUGGGCUUUCAACAACAUGAAUCCGGUCCCCCAUUCCCGUUUAUGAAUCUGGUUACAUGUGUUCAGCACCUUGUCGCCUUGGCCAUCGUUUUAGCUGGUAGACGCAUACUGGCUGGUCGUUUGGGCUUGGUGACCAAUGAGGGGAAGGAACCGGAUCCUGAGUCAUUGGCACUUUUCAGUCUUCCUUCUGCCCUUUAUCCUAACGAGCAGCCUAAAGACAGCAAACAAAUCCGUCGCACGAAAGUACGUGGUCAAUGA